AUGGAUCAAGGGUUACUCAACGUUAUUCUUGUUGGAUCCGCAUUCAUGAUACUAUUUUCAGCAUUUCAAUCAACGGGCAUGGUUGAACAAAGUGUUUUGGAAGGGGUGAAAAAUGAGACCACAGGAAAUGGUACAGCCCGUUUUACAGCCACCGGUUAUACCAGUUUUGCAAUUAUAUACUCAUCUUUUACUGUUGUUAAUAUCGUAUCACCGGCUAUAGUUUCAAUUCUGGGACCGUCGUUAUCAAUGUUCAUAGGUGCAUCAACUUAUUUCUUCUAUGUUCUAUCAUUUAUUCAACCUAUGACAUGGUCCUUCUAUUUGGCAUCAGUAUUGAUUGGUGUGGGCGCUGCAAUUCUUUGGACAGCGUUUGGCGUGUAUUUAGCAGUUAACUCUGACGAACUUUCAACUUUACGUAAUUCUGGUGUGUUUUGGGCUCUAUUCCAACUGAGGAAAGUUCAAUUACCCGGCAAUUUAUACAUUUAUUUGGUCUUGAAAUCCGAUAUUAUUAAUCGUCACACACGAUAUUUAUUAUUUACCGUAUUUUCUGUUGUUUGUGGUAUCGGUUUAUUAGUAUUCAUAUUACUUAUUUGGCGUUCAUUUGUUGAAAAACGACUAUUACUAAAUUCAGAGAAAGAAAAGAAGAAAAAGAAAAUAAUAUUUCAAGAUAUUAAACAAGAAUUACUGAUUGCUUUGAAACUAUUAAAAACGCCCAAUAUGCUUUUACUUUUAAUACCAUUUGCUUAUUCAGGUUAG